GGCUGAGAUAAAAACAUAUUGCAUAUCAAUGUUAAAGAAUUUACGAAGACGAUCUCCAAAGAAAGCACGUGAGCCGCGUGUUCCGUUUUUACCGGCAUUAACUAGAAAACUAUUCGGAUCAAGACAUAAAGACAAGUACGCCCCUAACUCCAGGUCUGUGAGUGACCCUGAGACCCCUGAAGAUUGUCUAGACCCUGAUGAAACGUUAAUAAUUACAGUUCCUACUGAAUCUGCCAAUAAGAGAUACAUUCUACCCAAAUUAAAAGAUAAGCCAAGAUACCUGAACAUGACUAGCGUUUUAACCCUCCCCUCCCAUAUGUCGGGGUUUCUUCAUGAACUUGGAUCAAACUCUGGUGUUUACAGUUACGUUAGCAGACCCACAAUGCUGGUUACAAACAAACCUAAGAUCCAGCAUCAAGUGAAUGGUAAACCGCCUAAUAUUAUGUUUGAUAAGCGUGUAGUAAGAGGGAGUACUUAUACUCCUAUACGUACUCAGAUCAUAACUUUAGAUAGACAGAGAGUAACACCUACAGAUGGAACUUACAUCAGGAGAAGGGAUCCUAACAAACCUACAUCAUUUAAUUCUAACAGAAAGGAAUCGGACCGGAAAAGACGUAGGUUACCAGAUAUUGAGAUUUCAAACAAACCCUCAGAUAAUAAUUAUAGACAUUCAUUUUUGAAUGGUGGAUUUGGGAGUAGAGGGUAUAAAAGUACUACGGUGACAAAUGGUUUUCAGGGGGAUGUCCCCUUUUCCUCCAAUCAGGGGCGUGUUAGCUCCCCCCGGAAGGAUAUGUUCCCCUCCCCCUACAUAAACUCCUCCUCAUUAAUUAACCCUGUUCCUGGGAGGAAACAUAGUCAACUUCAAACAGAGAAAUGGCUGGAGGAAAUAACAAACAAGGUUGAGGAAGCUAAUGCGGAAGUUCAGACAGAUCCUUACACUACACCAAGUGUGUCCCCAAGAGAGGAGAGUCGAGGUACAGGUCUGGAUAAAGAAACACAAAUUUAUCCUUUAGAUCCAGAACUUUUCAACUUUGAUUCCGAGGUUGGAAUGGUUCUGGAGGGUAUCCUUGGUAGAACAAUGGAGCAGAGUAUAUUGGAGGUUCUCCAGGAAGAAGAAACCGCUCUGCUGAGAAAGCAGAAGCUGGAGCACCAGGCCGCUAUCACUGCACUUUCUGUUCUAUGAGACCACGGAUUAACAUAGUAAAUAAAUUUUCCCCAUCGAAGAUUUAUGUCCAUAUGUGAGUUAUUUAUGAUCAUAUUUAAGUUAUUUAUGAUCAUAUUUGAGUUAUUUAUAAUCAUAUUUGAGUUAUUUAUGUCAUAUUUGAGUUAUUUAUGUCAUAUUUCAGUUCUUUAUGGUCAUUUUGGAGUUAUUAAUGAUCAUAUUUGAGUUAAAACAGAUCAUAACUUCCUAAAUUUCAUUUGUUAUUACAGAUCAUAUUUGAUUUAUUACAGAUCAUAUUUGAGUUAAUAUAGAUCAUAUUUGAUUUAUUACAGAUCAUAUUUGAUUUUUUAUGAUCCUUUUUGAAUUAAUACAGAUCAAAUUUGAAUUCAAAUUGAGUUAAUGCAAAUUAUAUUUGAGUUAUUACAGAUCAUAAAUUUCAGUUAGUAUAGAUCAAAUUUGAGUUAUUACAGAUCAUAUUUAAAAUGUUACAUACAUGAGUUAUUACAUAUCAUAUUUGAGUUACUACAGAUCAUAUUCAAAAUGUUACAUACAUGAGUUAUUACAUAUCAUAUUUGAGUUAUCAUUGAUCAAAUCUGAGUUAAUAUAGAUCAUCUUUGCUAGAAUUUCAAUUGUCUUUAAAUCACACUUUUUAUUUUGAGUUUUUUAUAACAACAAAUUUUAAAGCAGAGGUCUGGAAUAACGAAAAAUGACCAUCUGCAUUUCAAAUUUUGCUUGAAUAUCCCUUUUUGAGCUGGCUAAUAAAGAAAUAAUUUAAAAGUUCAUUUUGAAUAUAUUUUGUGACUUUUUUUUAAAAUGAAUCU